UGAAAGCUCACAACUUAAAAACAAAAAAGUUGUUUUUUUUUUCCUCUCUCAUCUCGGGUUUUUCCAUACCUCUAAAAACAAGCUUGAUACCUUUGAAGAUGUAAAAAAAUUGUAUUCUGUGCAUCUGAACUAUAGAAACUUUUAGGACUGCUUAUUUUCGAAAUCGCAUUCUCAUGGAUUCUGAAACUCAAAUAGAAGAAACUGGAGUGAGUGGCCCAUUGAAACAUUUGUUAUCGAUUGAUUGGGAAAAUGCUGUCGAUAUUCAACCUGAAAGUGCCAGCAAUCAAGUACAUAAAAAUCAUAAGCAAUGCAAAAAAGUGAGAUUUGCAGAUGAACUAGAACAAUUAAUAUAUAUUGAUUUUGAUGAUUCUCAAGAAAGUGAUGCUGAUCAAUGCAAGGAGGACUAUGAAACAUCUUUUGAGACCCUAAGUGAAAAUGAAAUUCCAAUUUCGGAGAACUUAUUGCAGUUCGAAAAUGAGAAUGAAAUUUCUUUAAAUCAGAUUGAUCAUGAAGAGGAAAGUGAAGCUGGCAUGAUCUCUGGAAUUUGUGAACAAUUCACCAAUAUAUCUGUUAGUGCGUCUCAAAACUCCAGCAUAGAUGGGUACAAUGAAGUGUCAAAACCAGGGUUUCCUUUGGAAAAUCAGAAUGAAUCUGCAACUAUUGGCAAAAAUUUGGACCUUAAUUCUGCAUAUGUCGACACCAUCAAUGCUGAUUCUAAGAGUUGGAGAAUGCAUGAGAAUAAUGAACAGACUCAGCUGUCCAAAAUGGCAUUGAAGAAGUCUAUAAUUGAAAAGCAAUCGUCAAAAAUUAAUUCUUUAUUGGGAAAAUAUAACUUCAUCUGUCCUCGGGCUGCUGAUUUUCAAAAAGCAGUUUUCCAAGCUUGGUGUGAAGUGAAAAAUGAGCAGAAAAUGAAAAAAACAGAAAAAAAUAACCCUUUGACAAAUAAAAAUAAUGAAACAGAAGAAAAACCUGAUACUGAUUCUGCUUAUAAGAAGUGGGAAAAAUCCAAAAGAGUGCAAAAGAGAAAAAAUAUGCCGAAGAAAACAGAUCCAGAGUCUUGUUCAGAUGCAACUACUCAGAAAGAUAAAGAAGAAUCUGAGGCAGUUUUUAAAAUGUGGAAGAAAAACAAAGAUGCAAUACUGAUGAAAAGAAAAUUUGAGGAAAGUCGCUUAAAACAAGAACAAAAUGUAAAUUCACUGAUGAGUGCAGAACUACGAAAAGAAGAAGCAGAGCUGGCUUAUGCUGCUUGGAAAUACCAUAAAUAUGAACUUCUAAAGAGGGAAAAGCAGAAACAAGCUUGGAUGCAAUUAAAAGAAAGAGAAAAGAACUUGAUACAACAGAAAAGAAAUGAAGAAGCCUAUUUAAAAUGGUUAGAGAAAAAGAAUUAUUUAGACACUUAUACACAAGAGGAAACAUUUGCUGAAGAUCCAAAACAGAAGGUUCCAUGGUAUCCUCCUUAUAAAAUUUAAAAAACGUAUUUCAAAUUUAGAGUGUUACCAGGAUCAGUCUAGCUGGGUGCUGCUACUGAUUGUCAAUUUUGUAUUUGUUUGUAAAAAUUGCUAUAUCGAUUUACUUUUUGAGACAUUGUGUUUUACUGUAUUUGUAAUGCCCUGAUAUGACCAAAGGAUUUUUUUCAAGUUCGAUCUGAAUCAAUGGGAUGGAUGUUGAGGUUUUUGAAAUAGAAUGAUGAUUUUAUAAUUCAUAAUGGAGGAUAAUCGGGACUUCCAAGAUAUAUUAAGCAAAAAAAAAGGGGGGGGGUAGAAGAGGAUCAUUUAUAGUUAAAAAAAGGACUUCGUAUGGUAAACAAUUUAUUUUUAGUUAACAUUGUAAAAGCUUUGAAUCAUUCUCCCAGUAAAAAUAUCCCUACAAAUAUGUUUAACAGAAUAUAUUUAAAUUCAGGAUCCUACUAACAAAAUAGAAAUUAAAAAAUAAUAAUUACUUUAAUAAUUUACUUAGUAAGCACCAGAAUUUUAAAGAUUGCUCUUUUGAAGUUUUCCAAAAAAAAAAAAAAAAAAUGAAUAUUGUAAACAUGAAUAUAUUAUGAGGAGAUAACAUUUCCGGGCUUAUUGGCCGUGGUCUAAUUGGAGUAGAAAUUCCAGAUGUUUCGGCCUAAUUCCAGACGUUGAGAACGCCUCCCAAUCAGGACCAGUAGCGCAGCAGCAGUUUGCUUAAAUAUCGGAGCCACCAAAGCAAGGAAUCCGUCUCACCAAACUCAAACCACUGAUGAUGGCUGCAGCAAAGCAGCCGAAACGUCUGGAAUUUCUACUCCAAUUAGACCACGGCCAAUAAGCACGGAAAUGUUAUCUCCUCAUAUUGACGUCAGCCGUGAAAGC